UCUCUCUCUCUCUCUCUCUCUCUCUCUCUCUCUCUCUCUCUCUCUCUCUCUCUCUCUCUCUCUCUCUCUCUCUCUCUCUCUGAAACUCACUUUCUUUCUCUCAAAUCCAGACCAAACCAUCGUGUGCUUAAUUAUUCAGUUCAUAUGUGUUGAUUAUUAGUUUAUUACUAAGAGAUUUAUAUUUAUCAGUUACAUAUUGAUGUAUAUAAAUAGUGAAGUUUGCCCUAAAUCUCUUCCAUAUGACUGAAUCUUAUGCAAAAAGCAUAACUUUUGAAGCUCUUGAAGAAACUCAUCACUUCUCAGUCGCCGCCAAACAAGAAACCGGAAAGGAAUGGGAACUCUUCAAAGAGAAUGUCAUGGAUUCAAAUGCUCUAUACAAUCUGCCCUAAUUUCUUUCAUGGAUUUAAAUGCUCUGUAUAAUCUGCCCUAAUUUCUUGAUCGUGAAGAUUUUUGACUUGAAACGUGUGAAUCAAAGAAGUUUAAUUGGGGAAAAAUGGGCUUCAUUUGUUGAAGAACCUUUCUUUAUAUUGCUACAACCUACUUGUUCAAGAACUUUUAGAUAUAUGAAGAAAAGAAAAUUUUUGACUUGAAAUGUGUGAAUCAAAGAAGUUUAAUUGGCGAAAAUGGGCUUCAUUUGUUGAAGGUGUUCCUGGUGUUAUAUAUGUUACGCCAGAUGAAAAUGCCAGAGUCAUCAGGGCACAAGUAGUUGAUUAUUACACCGAGUUGCUAACCAAGGUUUUGGGGAACGAGAAGGAUACCCAAAUGUGUAUGUAUCACAUUUCAUGGCCACCAGAUUGUGGAUUCUGUUGUGAACUAGAUGAUGACUGCGUAAAGGAAUUAGUCGGUGUUCCUGGUGUUAUAUCUGUUACGCCAGAUGAAAAUGUCUAUUCAGAUUAUAAAGAUUACGGAGGUAUUCUGAAAGAAACGUCCAGAAGAAACUUUCCAAUCAAGUGGAUUUAUUCCACAUCAACCAUGGAAGAUACAACUGCUCAGUAUCAUGACUGGAUUCGACUCCUUGAGGUCAUAUCAAAAUAUAAGACAUAUGUUGAGGUGUCACAUUUGAGGCAUACGGUGUCGGUCACUGAGGGUCCUAUACUGUGGUGGAGUUAUGCGGCUCAAGCUGCAUUGCAGCAGAAGAAAAUGUGGCAGACCGUGGCAUCCAUGUGAAAUCCAAAAUCAAGAAAGAAUACCCGACAUUACAGUAUGCAGGGUGGACGAUCUUCGGGAUGAUAAACAAUUCUUAACUGACCAUCCUGGUGCAGUUCCAAUCACAAUGGCUCAGGGAGAGGAACUGAAGAAGCUAAUUGGCGUCCCUGCGUAUAUAGAGUGUAGUUAAAAAAAACAGCAGAACGUGAAGGCUAUUUUUGAUGCAGCCAUUAAAGUGGUUCUGCAGCCACCGAAGCAUAAGAAGAAAAAGAAGCGUAAGUGUCA